GCAGCAGCCCGCGCCUCGCCCAAUCCCAUGCCCGAGUGGCGCUGAGCCCAGCCCAGCAUGGCCACCACCGCCCCGUGCACCCGCUUCACCGACGACUACCAGCUCUACGAGGAGCUCGGCAAGGGAGCCUUUUCUGUGGUGCGCCGAUGUGUGAAGAAAAAUUCAUCCCAGGAAUAUGCUGCAAAAAUCAUCAACACCAAAAAGCUGUCAGCCCGAGAUCACCAGAAACUGGAACGUGAGGCCCGAAUCUGCCGACUUUUAAAACAUCCAAAUAUUGUGCGGCUCCAUGACAGUAUUUCAGAAGAAGGUUUCCACUACCUCGUCUUUGAUCUGGUCACUGGUGGAGAGCUCUUUGAAGAUAUUGUCGCCAGAGAGUACUACAGUGAAGCUGAUGCUAGCCACUGUAUUCACCAGAUACUGGAGAGCGUGAAUCACAUUCACCAGCAUGAUAUCGUGCACAGGGAUUUGAAGCCUGAGAACUUGCUACUGGCGAGUAAGUGUAAGAGUGCCGCUGUCAAACUGGCCGACUUUGGACUGGCUAUAGAAGUGCAGGGGGAGCAGCAGGCCUGGUUUGGGUUUGCUGGUACUCCAGGCUACCUCUCCCCUGAGGUGUUGAGAAAAGAUCCUUAUGGAAAACCAGUGGACAUAUGGGCAUGCGGAGUGAUUCUGUACAUACUGCUAGUGGGUUACCCUCCCUUUUGGGAUGAAGAUCAGCACAAGCUCUAUCAGCAGAUCAAAGCUGGAGCCUAUGACUUCCCAUCACCUGAGUGGGACACAGUGACUCCUGAAGCAAAGAACUUGAUCAAUCAGAUGCUGACGAUAAACCCGGCUAAACGCAUCACAGCCGAUCAAGCACUCAAACACCCAUGGGUCUGUCAACGAUCCACCGUGGCCUCCAUGAUGCACAGACAAGAGACUGUGGAGUGCUUGAGGAAGUUCAACGCCAGAAGAAAGCUGAAGGGUGCAAUCCUCACAACAAUGCUGGUCUCACGGAACUUUUCUGCUACCAAAAGCCUAUUGAACAAGAAGUCGGAUGGAGUGAAGCCACAGAGCAACAACAAAACCAGUCUAGUAAGCCCAGCAAAAGAAACUCCCCCAGUGCAGACGUCCAUGGAGCCUCAAACGACUGUUGUCCACAAUGCCACAGAUGGCAUAAAGGGUUCCACAGAGAGCUGUAACACCACCACUGAAGAUGAGGAUCUGAAAGCUCCCCCUCUCUCCACCGGGGAUGGCAGCUCAGUGCUUGAAGGACGGAGGCACAGUGAGAGCAAAACACAGACUGAGUCCAUGCAGUCCCAGCUUUCUCUCUGUUUCUCAGCCACCACGCAGUCUUGUGAGGAGAAGCUUCUUGCCUGGGACAGCCCAGGGCAGACACUGGAGUUAGAGCGUGCUCAGUCGGAGCCUUUGCUAACUCCCGUAGUUCCAUUUGUACUUAACAGUGCAGCGUUGCGCAAACAAGAGAUCAUUAAGAUAACAGAGCAGCUGAUUGAAGCCAUCAACAAUGGAGACUUUGAGGCAUACACGAAGAUCUGUGACCCGGGCCUGACCUCGUUUGAACCCGAAGCACUGGGGAACCUAGUCGAGGGGAUGGACUUCCACAAGUUUUACUUUGAGAACUUACUGUCCAAGAACAGCAAGCCAAUCCACACCACCAUCCUGAACCCCCACGUCCAUGUCAUCGGCGAAGACGCAGCCUGCAUUGCCUACAUCCGCCUGACUCAGUACAUCGAUGGCCAGGGCCGGCCCCGCACCACGCAGUCUGAAGAGACCCGCGUCUGGCACCGUCGCGAUGGCAAGUGGCUGAACGUCCACUAUCACUGCUCUGGGGCCCCUGCCGCUCCGCUCCAGUGAGGAUCGAACACAGCAGCUUUUGGAGAUACUCAGCUGGAGGGCAAUAUCUUCUUAGCAAGCAGCUCUGGAGUGCCUGAGUGACAGCGACGGUCAUGUCCGUUUUGACGUUUAAAAAAAUUACAAAUUACAAACCGGCAGCAGCCAAAUGCACGAAACCCUGCAUGCAUCUGAUGCUCCGGGCGCUGCCGCCUUUCUGUUGUUUUCCAUGGAUCCAUCGUGUCUGUUUCUGCUGUACGAAGGUGUUUUUUAAAUCUAAGAGAGACAUGUUGUUUGUAUUAAAAAAUAAAAUAAACCGGAAUAAUGAUAAAUAAAUGACAGACUGUCCAACACCCCCUCCCCCAGGGCUGACGAAAUGGCAUCAACUGGAGCAUCUUUCAGAAACCGAGUGAGGGGGAAAGCAAAAGGGAAGGCGAGAGAGCGCGAGGAGGAGGCGGCAGUUUGAGCAGCGGAUUGCUGAACUCUGCUCCACAAAGGCAAGGUGGAAGCUAACAUUGCAUUCAGGCUGUGCUGUGACUUUAAUCCGUGAGAGGUGGCGAGGAGACACUGGAGGGGCCUGAAUGAAGAAUGGGAGGGAAAGGUGGAGGAAUGACACUUCUCCACUUCCCACUGCCCAGCGGACUGACUUCAGCCCGAGUUUCUUCUUAAGUCUUCAGCGUGGUGCGGAUGCUGCAGAAAGCUGGCUGCUCAGUCGCCGGAGCCCACAGACUUCCUAAAAACGAAAUGGGAUGUCGAGUAAAACCAAGGCUGGAAAAGGGGACUAUAAAAAAUGGUUUAAAUAAAAAUAUAAAUAGGAGCUUGCUCUUGAGAGAUCCUGGUUUUAGAAGUGGCCACUCCCUGGCCAAACACGAAGGUUUGCAGCCAGCUGACAAAAGAAGCGUUAAGAGCAAAGGUUUUUAGAGGAAGAGGGUACGUGUAUGGGAUUUCUUUUAUUGCUUUUCUUUUUCUUGUAGCGUAGCUGGGAUCCGCAGUGCUGCAGAACACAUGUUCCUUAGGAAGCAGAUGAGAAAACUAGUGUUAUGUUCUUUUAUGAAGACUCACGCAUCCACCUCUAUAUGAUGCAUCAUUAGCUUGUGUUUGAUACUGAAAUAUAUGCACCUAUAGAAUUAAGGGGCUCACUGGCUUCCAGUUUGAUUUGUUUGUUUGUUUGUUUUUGUUUUUUGGGUUUUUUUGUUUUUUGUUGUUGUUGUUGUUCUCUGGUAAAAUAGCAGAGGGAGCCAGCAACCCAGGGCAGGUGCUUCUCCCCUCCUCUCCCCCCCCAUCUGUUUUGUAAGUGUCAUGUGUCCUGGUGUUCUUUUGGCUAGCUUUUCUGUUUUUUCAUGGUGAUGAUGUAAUUCAUAAAACAAUCUGCUCAGAAUCUCAGCAAACUAGACAGAGGGCUUCAGGCCUCAUGAUACAGAGGGGAAAGGUAGUUACUACAGACCUUCUGAUGCUUGUCCUUUGGGCAAAUUCAUCUUCCUUCCUUUGCUGGGGGAUGCUGUCCAUUUCCUUUAUUUUCUAGAAGGGGAAUGUUGAAUUAUUUUGUUGACUUGUCAUGAAUUAAUCCUGGCCCAGAGAAGCAAAAGGCCUUUUUAGUAGGCUCUCUCAGCACUGAGAGGCCCCCUGAUUUCUGUGUCCUGAGCAAGAGGAGGGCAGGGACUUGGUCAUUAUUGUGGGAUAUUUGGAUGAGCUUUUAGCUGAAGUCCCUCCAACUACAAAUCACUAAAUUUGGUCCUGGGGCUUUACAGUUUGUUAUCCCUACACUCCUGAGGGACAGAUUAGAGAGUAUAUUAAAAGGAAGGCAACGUUGUAAUGGAUUCUAAGGGAAAAGGAGGGCUAAAUUCUAUCUUGAUCGUUUUUCAGUGGAAUGAUGGGAAGGACCCGUAAGCUAUAGCAUUGAGUGGAGUUACUGCCUUGCUCUGGAAAUCCCUCUACUCCCCUUUAAAGGAAGACACUUAAGUCAAUCCCACACCAUGAUUAGAGCAGCUAAUCCAUGAUGCAGGAAAAGACCAUUCAUACUUCCCAGGGUUUGUCUGGACAAAUAGUUUUCUUCCUUCCUCCACCAUCCCAACUGCAUGUGUGGGUGGGGAUUGAGACAGGAGGGGGUGAACACUGUCUCUUAUAAUUUCAGAACAUUUUUAGGAGGGCACUAAGCUAGUGAGUCAGGCGGAGAGGAAAAGCUUUGAUAUUUUAUUCAGAUUUAAAAAAAAAAAAAAGCCACGCAGAGAGCAAACAGGACCUUACAAUUAUGCAGUUUUAAAAAGAGAAAUACAAAAAGUUAUGCAUGCCUUCUUCAGGUCUGAUCUUUCCUUGUCUCUUUACCUAUUGAUUAUUAAUGAUUUAAAAAGACCCUCUGUAUUUAGUAAUUGCAUCUUUCAGAGAAAACUUAAAUGGUUGGGUUGUUUUGGUUUUGCACAGUCUUGGAGACAAGCUCUCUGUUUAUUCUUUUAAGUUAAUGAGAACCUUAGCUUGGUAUGGCCAUUAUCAGACAUAGCUGUACACCUUUAGCAUUCUUAAUGUUCUCUUACGGGGCUAAUAUAAGCAUCUAUAUAAUAUAUAUUAUAAAUAUCACAUUUUAAACAGGAAAUGGAAGGCGUUUGAUGCAGAAUUUUUGCAUGAUAUAGAAAUAAUUAAAACAAAGUUAGCUAGUGUUUGUUUGGUCUGAAUGUUGGUAGAACCUUCAUAGCUUUGUUACAAUGAAACCUUGAACUGAAAAUAUUUAAUAAAAUAACAUUUA